AGCCUGAGUGGAGCAGGAAAGGUUGGAAUAAAGAUGGCGGAGGAGUAAGCUGAGGAGCUGCAGCGGUCUUGUCCUUGAAAGAAUUCGGUUUUUUGUCGGUGAAAGGUUGUACACGCCGGAGAAUCACAGAAAGGAGUAAGAGAGCCACCAUGUCACAGAAUAAAAGUGGAUACGUCCCAUUCGUGGACAGUGGCUCACCUUCGCCGCCGCAGGGCUUUGCAUACGAGCAGCCGAACCCUGCUGGAUUCGUCCUGCCUCCUCCGGACUACAACGGGCUGCCCGGAGUUCCUCCAGGAAUUCCUUUAGGAGCCCCAGGUGUUCCGGGAGCCCCCGGUGUUCCGGGAGCCCCUGGUGGCAUUCCCUUUCCUCCUCCGGGAGCAUUUAUGCAUCCAAUGUACGGUCAGAGCGGACCCGGAUAUCCACAGCCUCCGAUUCCACACACAACUCCCUACAACGAGGCACCUUCAAAUCCGACUCCGUACCAGUACAGUCCAGAUGCAUCCAACAAUUUUUACCAAAGUGACGAGCCUCCUCCGGUGUACGACCACGAGGAGAUCACGGUCUCUGGGUUCGAUGACAAAGCAGUGAGACGAGCGUUUAUCCGCAAGGUCUUCCUCGUUCUCACUGUGCAGCUCGUAGUCACCUUCUCCGUUGUCGCUCUCUUCACCUUUGAGCCAACCGUCAAGGGGUUCGUGAGGGAAAACACCUGGACCUACUACGUGUCCUACAUCAUCUUCCUCGUUCCGCUCAUCGCCAUCAGCUGCUGCGGAGAAUUCCGCCGUAAACACCCCUGGAACCUGGUGGCCUUGUCAGUGUUGACUCUGAGCAUGUCGUACAUGACGGGCGUGAUCGCCAGCUUUUACAACACGGACGCCGUCAUCAUGGCCGUCGGCAUCACCGUCGUGGUUUGCUUCACGGUGGUGAUCUUCUCUCUGCAGACCAAAUAUGACUUCACUUCCUGUGCCGGAGUCCUGUUUGUGUGCGUGAUCGUCCUCUUCCUCUUCGGGAUCCUCUGCAUCUUCAUCCGCAACAACAUCCUGCACAUCGUGUACGCCUCGCUGGGCGCGCUCCUCUUCACCUGUUUUUUGGCCGUGGACACGCAGCUGCUGCUGGGGAACAAGAAACUGUCCCUGAGUCCCGAGGAGUACGUGUUCGGAGCGCUGAACCUUUACCUGGACAUCAUCAACAUCUUCCUGUACAUCUUGCAGAUCGUCGGCCGAAGCCGCAACUGACACGCAGCAGCGAGGUUAAACGCAAGCGCUGUUUUCUUUUUCACUACCUUUAAAACUAGGCUAGCCUGGUGUGUAAACCUUUAUGUAAAAAAAAUAAAGUGAACCAGCAUUGUUGCUAUUAUUGUUAUUGUUAUUAUUAUUAUUAUUAUUAUUACUACACUAAAUACCGAUCCACUUUUACUCCGCACAGUCAGUCCAGUAUAUUUAAUGGAAGCAUUUAGCCUCCAGUUUAGUGUGCUGCGCUCAAUGUACAUCCCAAAAUGGCGUCUCGUCCAUCGGAAUGGAUGGAUGGAUGGAUGGGUGAGCUGUUUUUAAAAUAAUAAUAAUAAAUUUGCAUAAAACCCAGCAGUGAGAUUAACAUCAGCACAUUGUCAUCACUUCCUUGAUUUCAGAUUGCAGUGCUGUCCUUCCUGUAAAUACACAUCUGAAUCAACUUUUAGUUCAUUAUUGUUGUGAAUCCUGCACUUAUUACCCCUUUAAUGCAGUGAUCAGUUAUCUGUAGUGUGUAAUGAUGUAUUAAUACACAGUUAACUACCGUGCUAUUAUUAUUAUUAUUAUUAUUAUUAUUUUUUUUGGACUAACGCAGACCUUUAGUUUUAUUCAAGGUUCUUAAAGCAAUCUUUGAUUACUUGUUAUUGCUGUAUUUCCCAGUAAUGCGUAAACAAAUCUGUAUUUUUCAAUAAAUGGAUUUCUGUCUGACAAAAGAUACGGAAUAAAAUCUGUUUGUCCUCCCA